AUGGCCAGCUCAUCAAAUCAAGCUGGUAGCCAGGCUAUGAGAAAGCCAGUUCUUGCCAACCCAAGUACUAUUGACGUUCAGGAAUUCGAAGAGACUUCCGAAGCCAACACCCGCACGAGCCCUGCCCCAGUGUCCUCCAAUGAAGCCGAGGAAGACCCUCGAGGUCCCCAAGAUCAAGAUACUUCCAAGGGUGGAGAAAGGCAACGGCCUGAGGGCGUCGCAUCUCUGAAAGAUGUCGGAAGCCUGUCUGGACAAGCAGUGCAGAAACAGGGCACGAAAACUGCAGCAAAUCGUGGUCAUUCCCCUCAAGACAGUGGUAUCGGUGGGAUAUCUCUCAGCAACAAUGAUUUCGAUUUGAGUAACGAUGAAGAUGGAAGCAAUAUGGGAGAACAUGAGGCAAUCGGCCCAUUGGGUAACGAUAUCGUCGCAGAUCAUCCCACACCAGACUUCCAGGAAUGCCGACAAAUCGCAGAGGACGGCCUGGGCGACUUGGCCAAAACGAAGAACACCUCAGAGGCCGUUGGAGGCAAAGACCUGUCGACAGACGACCAGGUUAAAGCGUUUCAAGACUUUCUGCGUAACGGGUAUCAUGCCGUCAAGGAUGCGAUAGAGACAGAUGUCGAAUUGCAGGGCAGACAAGCUGCUGCGACAGAAGCAGCGGCCGAGGCUGGCACAGCGAUCACAAACAUCAAAGACGACAUGAUGAAUCGCCUCGAGGCCAUUGAGGCAUCGGCGUCCUCCAACAAUCAGCUUUCCUCUGCGGCCUAGGAAGCUCAAGAGAGGUUG